AUGCAAGUUCUUUUACUCGGAGGCCACGGCAAAGUCGCCCUACACCUCACUCCACUUCUGCUCAAACGCGCCUGGAACGUAACCAGCGUGAUUCGCAACCCCGCCCAUGAAAGCGAGAUUCUCGCUCUAGGCCAGGGCCUCAAGGGCAAACUCAAUGUCCUCAUCUCGAGUCUCGAUGACGUGAAAAGUGUCUCUGAUGCUCAGCGGAUCAUUGAUACGGUUUCUCCUGACUAUGUGGUCUGGUCGGCUGGCGCCGGUGGUAAAGGCGGACCAUCAAGGACCAUUGCCGUCGAUCAAGAGGCCGCCAAGCACUUCCUAACGGCCUCUUUCGCCUCUCCUGGAAUCAGUAAAUUCCUCAUGGUCUCCUACCUUGGCAGUCGCCGGACGCAGCCCACCUGGAUGCCAGACAGCGAGUGGGCAGGUGUAGUUAAGACUAACACUGAAAUCCUACCCACAUAUGCCAAGGCCAAAAUGGAGGCAGAUGAAUACAUGACCGCAUUGGCAGCGCAGCGGAAGCAUGAUCCCCGCCCAUUCCAGGCUAUCAAUCUGCGGCCGGGAAUUCUGAAGGAUGACCCUGCGACGCGGAAGGUGGAGUUGGGUAUGACGCCUAAGGGUCGUGGAAGCGUCACCCGCGAAGACGUUGCUAUUGUUGCGGAUCAGUUGCUUGUCCGGGCUGAUACGGAGGGAUGGAUUGAUCUUGUCAAUGGAGACGAGGAGGUUGAGGAGGCUGUCGAGCGGGUUGCCCGGGAGAAGGUUGAUGCUGUGCAGGGAGAGGAUGUCGAUGGCAUGGUCAAAAGGUUCUUUCCUUGA